AUCGAAACACGCAUUCUGAUUGGUUUAGAAUUUACUUAUUCAAAAUAUCAUCCCAACAUCCAGAUUAUUCUAUCCUUCGUGCAUCUUGGAAGUUAUUUUUCAAUCCGCGGUCAUCGACGAUAAAUAAGCACAAUGGUUGUUACUAAAGCAGCAGGGGACAGAAGAAUGGCCCAAAGUGGGGCCUUCAAGGACAAGAGCAAGCCAAGGGACAUCAGGUCGAGCAAUAUCACGGCCGCAAAAGCCGUUGCCGAUGCUAUCAGGACAAGCUUGGGACCCCGAGGAAUGGAUAAAAUGAUCCAAGCCGCAAAUGGAGACGUCACAAUCACUAAUGAUGGAGCAACAAUUUUGAAGCAAAUGAAUGUCAUGCACCCGGCAGCGAAAAUGCUAGUGGAGUUGUCAAGAUCUCAGGACAUCGAAGCUGGAGACGGAACCACCUCAGUUGUGGUCAUUGCUGGAUCUUUGUUGGAAGCUGCAGAGAAAUUGCUGUCCAGAGGAAUUCAUCCUUCUGCCAUUUCUGAUGCCUUCCAGAGGGCCGCCACCAAAUCUGUAGAAAUUCUCACAAAGAUGUCUCGCCCUAUUGAAUUGAACGAUCGUGAGAGUCUCGUCCAAAGCGCGUCAACCUCUUUGAAUUCAAAGGUUGUGUCUCAACAUUCAUCUCAGCUUGCGCCUCUUGCAGUUGACGCCGUCCUCAAGGUUAUUGAUCCUACCAAGGAUCACAAUGUUGACUUGAAGGACAUUAAGUUGAUCUGUCAGCUGGGUGGCACUGUCGAUGAUACAGAAUUGGUUGAUGGUCUUGUUUUCACUCAAAGACCGGCUGGUGCAAACCCUCCGAGAAAGGUUGAAAAGGCAAAGAUUGGUCUCAUCCAGUUCUGCAUUUCCCCACCGAAAACUGAUAUGGAUCACAAUGUGAUUGUGUCGGAUUAUGCCGCCAUGGACCGAGUGCUGAAGGAGGAGCGCGCUUACAUUUUGAACAUUGUGAAGCAGAUCAAGAAAGCUGGCUGCAAUGUUUUGCUCGUCCAGAAGUCAAUCCUGCGUGAUGCAGUCAGUGAUCUUGCUUUGCACUUCCUUGAUAAAAUCAAGGUUAUGGUUAUCAAGGACGUCGAGCGAGAAGACAUUGAGUUCAUUUCUAAGACUCUGAGCUGUCGCCCCAUUGCCAGUUUGGACCACUUUACUCCUGAAAACCUUGCUAGUGCUGACCUCGUCGAAGAAGCUUCGACCGGAGGCACAAACAAGGUUGUGAAAAUCACUGGCAUUCAGAACAUGGGGCGCACUGUGACUGUCUUGGUGCAGGGCAGCAACAAACUUGUACUUGCUGAGGCCGAGCGAUCUCUUCAUGAUGCUCUUUGCGUCAUUAGGUGUCUUGUUCGCCAGAGAGCACUUAUUGCUGGAGGCGGAGCUCCUGAAACAGAGGUGGCCUUGAGACUGUCGGAACAUGCUCAGACAGUCACUGGAGUUGAUUCUUAUUGCUUUAGAGCAUACGCAGAUGCCUUGGAAAUCAUCCCUCUCACUUUGGCUGAAAACGCAGGUUUGAACUCUAUUGCGACUGUUACCGAAUUAAGGAACAGACAUGCUCAGGGUGAGCAAACUGCUGGAAUCAACGUUAGAAAGGGAGCUGUCACAAACAUUUUGGAGGAGGAAGUGGUGCAACCCUUGCUUGUCUCGACCAGUGCUAUCAACUUGGCGACGGAGACAGUCCGCAGUAUUCUCAAGAUUGAUGACAUUGUCAACACAAUGCAGUAAAAGUAAAGUCACAUCACCUCUAAUUCCGUUUACUCCGAUUAUGCACUUAAUAAAUUAAUUUAUGUUUUGAUUCCACAAUGCUUACUACUUCUCACUGCUACUAAAAUGAAAAUAAAUUUGAUCAAAUCUGGCAGAA